ACCGCUGUCGGCCGGCGCAAGGCUUCGGCAGGUGUCGGGGAGUAGGGGUCACUGCACUGUCCCCCCGGCCGGCACCGCCUCCCAAGCCUCGGCCUUCUCUGGCCUUCGUUCGCCUAGCGAGGACGGGGCCCCAACAACUCAGCGACCCGUCCCAGGGCCCCGACCCCCGGCCGCCACCAACGAGCCUCUGCGCCUGCGCGGCUCGCCGUCCUGUGGGUAAUCUCUGGGAGCGAGAGGAAGCCAGCGCGAGGUGCGGCUAGAGCGUCCGCUCCAACUCGUUUCCCCGGCGGCCUCCUGGGCUAGAGCGUCCUGACGCAGCUCGAAUGCUCGGCGGCCCCGGCGGCUAGAGCGUCCUCCUCCUGGGGAGCCGCGUGUGACCUUCCCGCCCGCGGACCGAUGCUGCUGGCGGCCGCUCGCCCCCUUUGGGGGCCGUGUCUCGGGCUUCAGGGCGCUGCACUCCGUCUCGCCAGGCAACAGGUGCCCCGUGUCUGCGCUGUGCGGCUGAUGAGAUGCGGCGGCCAUCGAAUGGGGGAGGCCCUCGCCGGUGCACCCCUGGAUAACGCGCCCAAGGAGUAUCCCCCCAAGAUCCAGCAGCUUGUCCAGGACAUCGCCAGUCUCACACUCCUGGAGAUCUCAGAUCUCAACGAGCUUCUGAAGAAAACACUGAAGAUCCAGGAUGUUGGACUCAUGCCGAUGGGCGGCACGAUGCCCGGAGCUGCCCCUGCCGCAGCAGCACCCCCCGAGGUGGCAGAAGAAGACAUCCCCACACAAAAAGAACAGACACAUUUCACUGUCCGCCUAACAGAGGCAAAGCCUGUAGACAAAGUGAAGCUGAUCAAGGAAAUCAAGAACUACGUCCAGGGCAUAAACCUUGUCCAGGCAAAGAAGCUGGUGGAGUCCCUGCCCCAGGAAAUCAAGGCCAACGUCGCCAAGGCUGAGGCGGAGAAGAUCAAGGCAGCCCUGGAGGCGGCGGGCGGCACCGUGGUUCUGGAGUAGGCCAGCUCUGAGGACUGGUGGACAAGGGUCCCUGGGACCCGGGCGAGGCGCCCCCCCGUCUGGGACCCGCUGGUGGGAGCAGCCUCCGAACAGAACUACGGCACUGGCACCCCUGGGCCAAUUCCGUUCUGGGACAGGCGGACGGACCUGCUGAGCCUGGGGGCGCAGCUCCUGCGGGAGCACCAGGGAGACGGACUCUAGAACAUACCGCGGUCAACAUGCACCCCCUGGUGGCCACUGAGAAAAAUACAUUGUUUGGGCGCCG